AUGAAGGCACAGCCAAGAAUGCAGGAUCUCAUGGACGAGGCACUGGCCCAAAGUCUAUACGAGGAUGAGGUUGAUGCUUUUCAACGGGAUCUGAAUCCCGAGUAUCGGAGUAGCGUUUUUAGCAAUCUAGAGCGAAGCAAGGAGAAGCGCGAUCAGGACCGCAGCAAGAAUCUACUGAAUGCCGACAGUUUUGACAUGUUGGUGGAGGCGUCGGGUGAGGGCGCAGUUGUCCCCUCUGUGCUUAAGCGCACACCUGCUGGUGCCGUGGAGCUGACUCGUGCUCGCGUAAGCGGCUCUUUAUCUAUGGAAGACGCAGCAUAUGGCGCUGGUACUGGCAAAGGUUUUAACUCGUUUAGGGAAAGUCAAAGACGCCAGGUGAAGAGCCAGAAAAAGGGUUUUGGCUCUGGCCGAGUAGAGACUGAGAGUCACGCCACGACGGAUGGCGUCAUGGACGAGCGUACUACGUUGAUCUUGCAGAAGAUGAUUAACCGGGGCGAGCUAGAUGAAGUCCAUGGCUGCGUCCAGAGUGGCAAAGAAGCACAUGUGUACUUUGCUAUGGGCACUGAUGAAGUCACCAUGCAACCUAUUGAGUUAGCUGUCAAGAUCUUUCGCACGACACUAAAUGAGUUUAGCAAUCGUCACGAGUACGUAACGGGAGACCGACGAUUUGAUCUAAAUUUUCAAAAGAAGGAUGUCCGACGACAGCUUAAAGCUUGGACAGAGAAGGAAUAUCGCAAUUUGUGCCGUGCUGCUAAGUACAAUAUUCGCGCCCCAGCUCCUAUCGUUUGUAAAGAACACGUUUUGGUGAUGCAAUUUAUAGGUACUGAUGGAUGGCCUGAGCCAACACUAAAAGAUGUGCAGGCAGACAUGUCCAGAAAGCAGCAAGCCCGCGCGUACGCUGACGUGUUACAAGCUACGCGAGUUCUAUAUCAAUGUGCACACUUAGUUCACGGUGAUUUGAGCGAGUACAAUAUUCUUUAUUCCCAGCGUGAAAAGCGCAUUUGGCUUAUCGACUUUGGACAGGCAGUUGAUCGCUCUCAUCCUGAAACUGAGAAGUUGUUGCGAAGAGAUUUGCACACUAUAAAUCGUUUUUUUCAACGCGGUGACCUGCUAGAUGCAACAGCCGAUGAGAUUGGAUUGUUGUCCGAUGAAACGGCAUAUGAUUACGUUAUUAGCGAAACGCCAAAUGAUGUGGUGGCCGAGUUUCCAGUGCUAGCUGCGCUUUUAGAGGAGCUUUCUGCUUAUACGAAAGAAGUAACAGUGAAAGAGGAUACAAUAGUGGAUCAUAAUGAUGAGGAAGAUUCUGUACAGGACAAAGCAUGCAAGCCUUUAGCCGAUGAGAUACCGAAAAUUACUGAAAAACAGACAUUGUCAGUAUAG